AGAAGUCAGGAAGUUGGGAAAGCGCAUCACGCUCUGCCAUCUGUGAGGCGGCGCCUGGAACAUCGCCAAAUUGCGACUUAUUUUCUCCUACGAACUUUACGUGCGGACGGAGGAGCUUGUAUCGUACCAAAGGGAUUUCCCUGUCUUUGCCCCAAGACACAGGAUCAGAGAUGGCUGUCUGACAGGCAGAACUAUCAGCCUACGGUGAAUCAGGGUCAGUAGUCUCAGAGUUGCAUGUCUCUCGGACAAUCGGACGGCUCCAUGGGGGACCAGACGCCCCUCAUAUUGGAGAAUCGCUUCUCCUCCGAUUUGCGUCUGGACUGUAUAUCGGAGGACAUGGCCAACUCUCCCAGCCAAUCACAAGGCCGGGCCUCACGUGGGGAGCUGUCAUUGGCUAAGCCCAGCGAGGGGCGGGAGAAGAAGGGUGUGGUCCUCAGCACGGAGAGCCCUGCCGCCCUGAAACGGGGGACCCAGCAGCUGAUACCCCGUAGCCUGGCGGUGUCCAGCCGAACCAAGACACGCCACCACACCACCGUGAUCACCCUGCCCGUGGCGCUGGAGGCCCCCAAAGACAAGCGGGCGUCGGCCCCGGUGUCGGACCUGUCAUGGGAGGACUACGACAGCGAUGGCGAGGGCUUCUCGCUGCGGAGGAACCGCCGGAACAAGUCGUACCGCGCGGCGGUGAAGAGCCUGAAUCCUGACGCCAUGACGCCCAUCCAGGAGAGCGCCACCCUCAGGCCCGUCCGAGAAGAGAGAGCGGCCAGCCCCCAGCCUGCACGCAGCCCCCGCCGCAACAAGACAGCAUUGGGGCGGAAAAGGAACCAAAAGCACAGAGGGUCUUUCAAAGAUGAACCCCGGCUCUACCAGGAGAUCCGCGAACGUGGCCUGCACUCCAACAACCAGAAUACUGACGACGACCUGCUGGAGGCGCCACCCGAACCGGACCAGGGCAUAGUGGUCAAGAACUACCGCCCCGCCCAGCGCACCUGGAGCCAGCUGCCACAGGUGCAGGAGAGCGGAAUUCUAAAGAUGAUCUCAGUGGAGGAGCGCAAGAGGCAGGAGGCUAUUUUUGAGAUCAUCACGUCUGAGUACUCGUACAAGCACAGCCUGGACAUCCUGGUCCGGCACUUCAAGGGCAGCGAGGAGCUCCGACGCACCAUGACCGCCACCGAGCACCACCACCUCUUCUCCAACAUCGUAGACAUCCAGGCCGCCAGCAAGAGGUUCUUUGAGGCCCUGGAGAGUCGUCACCAUGACAACCCUUUGAUUAGAGACAUCAGUGACAUCAUGCAGGACCACGCCACACACCACUUCCAGCCCUACAUCAUCUACUGCUCCAACGAGACCUUCCAGCAGAGGGCGCUGCAGAAGCUGCUAACGAGUAACACCGCAUUCAAGGAGGUGCUGAAGCAGAUCGAGAUGAGUUCGGAGUGCGGAGGGCUGCCCAUGAUCUCCUUCCUGAUCCUGCCCAUGCAGAGAGUGACCCGCCUGCCUCUGCUCAUGGAUACGAUCUGUCAGAAGACCCCUGCUCAAACAGCAGAGUACUUCGCCUCAGUGUGGGCGCUGAAGGCCAUCAGUAAGCUGGUGAAAAAGUGCAAUGAAGGUGCGCGUACCAUGGAGCGGACGGAGCAGAUGUACACCAUCCAGAAGCAGAUGGACUUUGGCAAGAUCAAGCCCUUCCCCCUGGUCUCGGCCUCUCGCUGGCUGCUGAAACGGGGAGAGCUGCCCGUCCGCACCGAGGACCUCAGCAUCUUCUGGAAGGCCUUCAGCAGCAAGAGCUACUUCCUGUUCCUGUUCAACGAUGUGCUCAUUCUCACCAGGAAGAAGAGUGAGGAAAGCUAUGUGGUGAUGGACUACGCCACUCUUGAGAACGUGGAGGUGGAGCUGGAACAGUCUGACGGACAGCCGUCUCCCACCACCAAAGAGAGGGGCUCCGCCCCGUGCUCCCUGAGGCUGCUGAUGAAGAGGAACAGCGAGGGGCGGGCCGAGCAGAUCUCCCUGGUAGCGGAGUCCCAGAUUGAGCGUGCUCGGUGGGUCACAGCUCUCCAGCAGCACAAACAGGUGGACAGCUAUAUAAACAAAGAGGAUCUGCCACAGUGUGAGGUGACCAAGGCCCACAUGCCCCGCGAGUCGGACGAGCUGGGCCUGCAGCAGGCCGAGGUGGUCAUCAUUCUUCAGGAGGAGGAUGGCUGGUACUACGGCGAACGGAUGCGUGACGGAGGGAGGGGCUGGUUUCCCGCCAGCUGCGCCACAGAGAUCACGGACCGCACCGCCGUGGAGCUCAACGUCCGUCGCAUGGAGAGGCUGCUCAAGGAGACCAACGUCUGAGUCGAACAGCAAGCUCUGACACCGCAAUCCAUCAGACUGACCACAAGAGGGCGCCCUGCUCCACGUUUUAACCCAACGUGUGGUGAAACGUUUCAGUGGAGCAAUUACAGGGGCCACACAGGGGAUUGUAUGUUUGUGUAAGAUAUUGUGUGCACCGUACAUUGAAUGCAAUUGAAAAAUUUUAUUUCUUAUAGAUAUACAGUGUGUUGUAAAUGAAGUAGAAUGAAUGGGAAGAUUUUUUAAAAACCGAAACUAUAUGAAUUCAUUUUACAUGCAGCCAGUACUGCCAAAAGGGGAUAAAGCCAUGAAUUUUGCAUUAGAAGCUGAUGCUACACCUUGUGUCGAAUGCAGGAGCUGUUAAAGUGAAUUUAAGAUGGGCGUUCAGGUAAGUUUCCUGCCAGGUGGCAUGAUUUCCAAUGGGGAACCCACACUGCCGGCCUCCUGAAAGAGUUGCAGACACUCAGACUGACACCUCUGCGCUUUAGGCUCCAAGCCUGGUCCAUCACGAUGCUAUUGGCUGAAAUGUGCUUCUCCACACCCUGUCAAUCAAAGUGUGAGGGCCAGGCAGAGGCAUGCAUUUCAAAUAGGAAAGUGCAACUUUAUGGGAUUGCUA